UGCAAGUCUCCUUGCAUUUUGUCUCUAGAUAGUGCACGAUCUGUGCUCAGGUAAAGAGUUACUAUGCGAUUCUCUGUGACAGGAGACUCUGGGAAAGGUUCAGGUUUUGGAAAUGUGAGUACACGGACAGGAGUGGGCUCUACAAUCCCUUCUCUGUCUUCUACAAUCUUGCCUAAUACUAGCAGUACAUCCUCCAACUCAUCUGAUCUGCUGUCCAGGGAUGAGGAGCUGGCUAAGGUUGAAAUAGCUGUGUUAGCCAUUAUAUUUGUGGCUGCUGUACUGGGCAACUGUAGCGUCCUGCUCGGUCUCUACAAGUCUAAGAAGAAGAUGUCAAGGAUGCACUUAUUCAUCAAGCACCUGAGCUUGGCAGAUCUAGUGGUGGCUUUCUUCCAGGUACUUCCACAAUUGUGUUGGGAGGUCACCUACCGCUUCUAUGGUCCUGACUUCUUGUGCCGAGUUAUUAAACACCUUCAAGUAUUUGGGAUGUUUGCCUCAGCUUAUAUGCUGGUGGUGAUGACCGCUGACCGCUACAUCGCUAUAUGCCACCCGCUGAAAACACUUCAACAGCCCACAAAGAGAUCCUACCUGAUGAUCAGUGGGGCAUGGAUCCUCAGCUUUAUUCUCAGUACUCCUCAAUAUGGGAUCUUUUAUCUGAAAGAGCUGGGAGAUGGAGUGUAUGACUGCUGGGCUGACUUCGUCUUGAAGGAUGGAGCAAAAGCUUAUAUCACCUGGAUUACUAUUAGUAUCUUUGUGGUACCAGUGACUAUCCUGUUGACCUGCUAUGGCUUUAUCUGCUACAAUAUCUGGAAGAACAUAAAGUGCAAGACCAAGAAAGAAGAGACAGAAGGCAGGAAGGGUAACAAUGGGUUACUGUCCACAUCUGUAAGCAGUGUGAGGACAAUCUCCAGAGCCAAGAUCAGGACUGUAAAAAUGACCUUUGUGAUUGUAUCAGCUUAUAUCAUUUGUUAUAGUCCAUUCUUUGCCAUCCAGCUGUGGUCUGUAUAUGCAGAGGACACCAACUGGACUGAAAAUGAAAACAUGGCUAUCACUGUGUCUGCCUUGUUAGCCAGCCUAAACAGCUGCUGCAACCCAUGGAUAUAUAUGUUCUUCAGUGGACACCUACUACAAGAUUUCAUCAUUAGUAUUCUAUGCUGCAGUAGAUUGAAGAAAAAUAUGAACAAAGAAGAUUCUGACAGCAGCACGAGAAGACAAACCUCCUUUACCAGGAUCCAGUCAAGAAGUCCAACCCAUAGUAUGGACACCUGGAAAGAAUCUCCAAAGUCCUCAAGAUCUAUUAAAUUCUUGUCCAUACAAACCCGAAAUUAGAAAACAGUAUCUGCCAAUGUAAGGCAGUCUAGCUUACUGCCGACAAAAUGAUGCACUUAAGGUACACAAAAUUCUGAACAAUGUGAUGAAUAUGGACAAACACACUUUAUAUAAUGUGUAAGUUAUUAUUUCCUGUACUGUAUGUACUGUGUGUACACCCUGCGUGUUCUUAUUAUGGAAAAACUCUCCAGCUAUCAGUAAAUGUUAGUUGUAUUGCACUGUAAAAUUAGAGUUGCACUUGAUCAGCACAUUUCUAUUUCACUUAGUACAAAGUGAAUAAAAGGAAUUUUCCAAAGAUUGGAAAAAGGGAGAAAAAAAAGGGUUGCUUGUUUUUGCUAAAAUAGCACUCUGGUUAGCGAUUUGUCUGACUAUUUUUUGGGAAAACAGCAAACUCCUUUUUACUAAUCUCAGCCCUAUUAAAGAGGACCUAUCAGUUAUCCUGACCAGUCUGCUUAAAGAGGUACUCCACCCCAAGACAUCUUAUCCUAUAUAUCCAAAGGAUAGGGGAAAAGAUGUCUGAUCGUGGGGUCCCACCACUGGGAACCCGCCCGAUCUCUGCUGUGGCACCGCAGUCAUCCGGUGCACGGAGCAAACUUCACUCUGUGCCUGAUUACUAGUGAUGUGGCGGUGACGUCACAGCAAUGCCCCACCUCGUGACGUCACGCCCUUCCCCUCAAUGCAAGUCUACAGCCAUCACACCCCCUCCCAUAGACUUGCAUUGAGGGGGCGUGGUAAUGACAUGAUGAGGAUUUGUGACCGGGACGUCACGAGCCUCCGGUGCCGCAGCCGGCAUUCUUAACAAACACUGGGUGCUGCAGGGAGAUCGUGGGGAGUCCCAGCGGCGGGACCCCCACGAUCAGACAUCUUAUCCCCUAUCCUUUGAAUAGGGGAUAAGAUGGCUAGGGGUGGAGUACCCCUUUAAGUACAUUCUUAUAUUCUCCAUAAAAUACCAAUCCUGGAGCAUAUUUUUUUGUAACUCCAGUUUGUGCUGACAGUACCAGACUAUACAGUGAAACAGAAAAUAAACUGAAUAGUCAAUCAGAACAAAGAUUAGGUCUCCCAGUAAAUAAUACAAAAAUAUAGACCAAUCGGGAACCUCGAAAAUAUAACUUUUAUUCUACUUCAAAAAGAAAUAAAAAAUUCCAAAUAGUGAAAAAUUGUAUACGUAAUUGUAUUGUAAAUGGUAUACGGCUAUUUUUUGUGAAAUGUUGGCAGCAGACUUUUAAUAUUUUUUGAUACCUUUUUCACUAUUUGGAAUUUUUUAUUUAAUUUUGAAGUAGAAUAAAAGUUAUAUUUUAGAGGUUCCCCAUUGGUCUAUACUUUUGUAUACAGUGAAACAGCCCUAUGGCAUGGUGAAUGGCAACACCCAGUUGUCAAUUUUUUCCUAAAACAAACAUCAGGAAUGCUGACAGGUCCCAUGUAAGGCAAAUCUGAUUGAGUACAUCUCUAGGGUAAAUAAAUGUCAGUAUGGUAUCAACAUGAACCGUAUUUCUUAGUUUUUGUAAUGGAGUAUUUAUUGUAAACUACUCAAUGUUUAUCCUAAAAAAUACAACGGUUUUGUAUUGUUAACUGUUCUCCUUUGGUAUUCAAGGUCUUUAUGUUGGUUCUCCAAUUCAUUUAAAGAGUUUUUUGGUUUUAGGUUAAUUAAAGGGGUAUUCCAGGAUUUUUUUAUUUGACUAUGCUACAGGGGCUGUAAAGUUAUUGUAGUACAUAAUAUAGUGUCUGUACCUGUGUGUGACGGUUUUCUCACAAUUCUUUUGGGAUUGUCACACCAAUAUUUAUUUUUAACAGCAUACAAAAUGACUGUUGUCUCAGAUUUUUCCCAGCUUGCAAUGCAGCCGAGACCUGACUCACUAGUCAGCUGAUGACAGGGAGCCUGUCUGCUUCAAUGGGUGGAGGGAUCAAUCUGCAACUAAUGCAACUAAUGUAGGCACCCUGAUUACCACUCUUGCCACUUGAAAACGCUGUGGAGACGGCGAAACAUGUGGAGGCGGGCAAUUGAGUGUGUUUUUUAACAUAACAGAAUGGAUACAGGCAUAAGGGCACUGCAGGGCCAUUAUACAUGGAUACAUGGAAUGUUAACUACGUUCAUGAAUACAGCUUAUAGUAUCCGCUCUGUAUUAUUUUAAUCCUUGUUAGGGGUUUACAUUUUAACAAGAUAUAAUAAAGGUUAUUUUUUAAGGGUUGGUUCUAAAAGUUUUUUUUUUACCCUGGGCUUUUGCCUUGGAGUUUGGUUAUUCACCCUGAUUGAGAACCACAGGUCUUUUGUUUGGUGGGGUGGCUGAUGUAUGGGCUGAUGAAAUACCAGUUCAUAAAAAGCUAGCCACAGUGUUAUAGUAAUCUCACAACAUAGCCAUUUAGCCCCACAACAAGCGCAGAUCCUUAAUAAGCAGGUCCAUUACUGUCUGCCAGGUACAUACUAAAAUCACCUUAUGGUGGAUAACCCCUUUAAGUUUCAUCCCUAUAAUUGUCCUAUAGUAUUCUAAAAUGAUGUGUAGUUUUUUUCCCAUUAUUUCCAAAAUAUUUAAUGCCUGGCAGUGAAUCCAAUCAGAUGCUGCAAACCUAUUUAUUUCUGGUCUCAUUUUUAGCUGAGAGUUGGACAUAUUUAUAUACAGUCUAGGCAAUGCUCUGUGAGGUAAAUAUAUCAUCAGUCUGGUAGUUUGUUAAGAUUUAUCAGCAUGGAAUCCAGGCUGAGUAGUUCAUAGAGCACUGCCUAGGUUGGAUACAAUUUACUGAGAGCAGAAAUUACUAUGUCAGAGUUUCCUAUCACAAAGUAUAAACACUAAUGUUCUCCUUCACCUACACCAAGUAAAUAUAUUCAAAAUAUAUUUAAAGUUGUAGAACUUUUCAUUUGUACGGUGGCUAUUCAGAUAAAGCUAGACCCCCCCCCCCCCCCAUUUAACUUAUAUUGGAAUUUUAAACCCUACUAUUGUGUCUCAGACUAAGCAUUAUAGGGGUAUUCCUAUCUCAUAAAAUGAUGGAAUACCACUUAUUUGUGUAUGUGUAUAACCCCUGGGAACACCACUGAUCCUGAUAAGAGCCCCUGAUUCACUUUUUUGGAUUUUUACUCCAGUUCCCUGCACAGAGGGUUGUCAUGUCACUCUGUGAAGACAAUAGCCCUGUUUCAGCAUGCGGCACCUUCAUUCCCAGGAUUAUCUGCCACCGAUCAUGAAAUAAUAGAAUAUCCUAGUGAUAUGUCAUCAUUUUAUUACAUGGUAAUACCUCCAACAGCUUUAAUAAAUAGAGAUGUUAUUUCUUAGUUUUUCUAACGCAUGACAUUGCCAAUAUAGAACAAAUAAGCAACCCUUAGGAGAACAGCCUGCUGUACUGCGAGUCCUGUAUGAUGACACAAACAUUCAGUGAAGCAGCUUGAUCUCUAACUGGCCAUUCAGUAGCCAAAAAUAGGUUACUCUAUUACCUGAUCCCAAGAGAAACUUGACACUAAUGGAGCACCCAGUGGAGUAAGAGCUUCUUGUGAUAUGUCUGCUAUUCAUACCUUACAUUCAAUGACUCCUCACUUACCACAAGCAGUAUCAUUAUUUCUAGAAUCUUAGGUAUAUAUAAAUUUAUGUAUCUUAAAGAAACCAUUUUACAGAACAUGAUUACAGCAUAAGAGAUAUGACAACAGUACGUAUCUAUGUUUUAUGCAUGUCAUAAAGUAUUGUAGCUCAUGUCAGAAAGUAUUGCCCAAUAUCGAAUCCUGGCCCUUACAAUGAUGCAGACACUAUCUACACACAUUUUGUUAUUCAUACUGAUCAAUACAUGCCUACUGCUUUAUCCGUGUCAGGCAUUUUGGUAGUGGUGGAAAAGUGUUCACCAAGCAUGUAGCCCAUAACCUCCUGCUGUGUGGCUUAACACUGAAGUCCUGAGCUAUUAUUUAUGUACUGACAAUUGACAUUAUUGAAUACAUAGCAAAGAGAUAGAACAGUGCUAUUUGGAUGUUUUAUAGUACUGAUGUAAAAUAUGAUAUUCAUAUGAUAUGAUACUGCAAUGGUCUAGCUUUGUCAUUUUUCAUUAAAUAAAUAUGUCUGCUUUGUCCACAUAAACCAAUCAAAGUUCAUCUUUCAUUUUACCAGAGCAAUUUGAGAAAUUAAAGCUGAGCUGUGAUUGGUUGCUUUGGGCAAGGCAGACACAUUUUUGCAGAUUGAUAAAUCUAGGCCAAUGUAUGUAAAACUACAAUGUAUUGACUCUUCCCAUUUUAUAUGUCUCGAGACCAUCACUCUAAGUUGUAUGUUUCUCAAGGUUAGGUACUACUGGCCUACAAUAUAGCUUGCUGUUAAAGGCAUGACAUGACAACUCUAUUGUGGGGGGAUUCUUUUACACAUUUUUUAUUGCUUCCUCAUGUACAAAUCGGUUCUGGACAGACAUGGUUCAAGAGACGCUGACAGUUCUAUGUGAUGCUCAGACAUGAGCAAAAAGCUGAUAGGAAUAUAAAACAAUUUCUUUCUGCCUUACAGUUGAUGCCUGAUUGCAAAUUAUAAAAUUAUGUUUAACUAAAUUCAUGCCACAUCCCUCCCUCACUCUUCCCUGCUUGGUUCACAGCAUCAAAUCAUGUACACCAAAUAUGCAAAGCAGGGAGGGGUGGGGGAGGGAGAAGGCAUGCAUGCUGGAACUCAGCACGGCCUCUCUCACACAUGGGCUUAGAAGGAGAACAUGGCUUAUAACUUUGCAAAUCAUCUAUGA